CAGUAAUGUAUUGAAAUUAACACACGAUUUAAUAAAUAUUCUUUCAAAAUCAGCAUACAUACAAAAAAUGUACUAAAUGCUAUAGGGAGAACACUCACACAAUUUGACUACAUUUUAUUUGGGUUUCUCAUCUGCGAAGCGGAAGCCUACCUGUGUGUGGAGUUGCUCGUUCGGGGUAUUCAGGGCAGUGUGCCCAGGACGGGCGCCUGCUGCCUGCCCUCCCUGCACCCCACGCUGAAGGAACGUUUACUGCUCUGCUGAUGCGAGAGGUGGUUCUGCGGAAGCCCGGCUCUAGUGGACAAGACCGUCCACACGUGAGCUCACACAGCCUGUGUGUUUGUGUUCCAGGUCGGUGGCUCCCUGACAAACACCCGUCCUACACAUCCCAGUUCUGCUUAUGGAGCUCUGAGUUACAUAAGCUGAGCCUUUGCUGUCUGUGCGUCUGCUCUGAACCGUACAGCCUGCCUAUGGGAGAAGGUGACACCUUCUGGACCCCGUCUGUCCUUCCUCACAGCGCCCUCAGCACCUUAAGCCAUCACCCCCAGCCGCAUUUUGGGAGAAAGAUGGAGUCCAAGGUCUCAGAGGGCGGCCUGAACGUGACGCUGACCAUCCGCCUGCUGAUGCACGGAAAGGAAGUCGGGAGCAUCAUUGGGAAGAAAGGAGAGACAGUGAAGAAGAUGCGCGAGGAGAGUGCCGCGAGGAUCAACAUCUCGGAGGGGAACUGCCCAGAGAGAAUCGUGACCAUCACAGGCCCCACAGACGCCAUCUUCAAGGCCUUUGCCAUGAUCGCCUACAAGUUUGAGGAGGACAUCAUCAACUCCAUGAGCAACAGCCCUGCCACCAGCAAGCCCCCGGUGACACUACGGCUGGUGGUGCCUGCGAGCCAGUGCGGGUCCCUGAUCGGCAAAGGUGGCUCCAAGAUCAAGGAGAUCAGGGAGUCCACAGGUGCCCAGGUCCAGGUGGCCGGGGACAUGCUGCCCAACUCCACGGAGCGGGCGGUGACCAUCUCGGGGACCCCGGACGCCAUCAUCCAGUGUGUCAAGCAGAUCUGUGUGGUCAUGCUGGAGUCCCCACCGAAAGGUGCCACCAUUCCCUACCGCCCAAAGCCCGCCUCCACCCCUGUCAUUUUUGCAGGUGGUCAGGUAAGAGCCGACCCGCUCGCGGCCUCCACUGCCAACCUCAGCCUUUUACUGCAGCCGCCGCUGCCCGCCUACACCAUCCAGGGACAGUACGCCAUCCCCCACCCGGAUCAGUUGACCAAGCUCCACCAGUUGGCCAUGCAGCAAACCCCCUUUCCUCCCCUCGGACAGACCAACCCCGCUUUCCCCGGAGAAAAGCUGCCUUUACACUCCUCCGAAGAAGCUCAAAAUCUGAUGGGCCAGUCGUCAGGUCUGGACGCCAACCCCCCAGCCAGCACUCACGAGCUCACCAUUCCCAAUGAUCUAAUAGGCUGCAUAAUCGGACGCCAAGGGACCAAAAUCAAUGAAAUUCGGCAGAUGUCUGGAGCUCAGAUCAAAAUUGCCAAUGCCACCGAAGGGUCGUCCGAGCGUCAGAUCACCAUCACGGGGACCCCGGCCAACAUCAGCCUCGCCCAGUAUCUCAUCAACGCCAGGCUGACGUCCGAGGUCACCGGGAUGGGCGCGCUCUAAUCCUGCCCAGCUUCCUCUGCUCCGCGGCAGCCGCGUCACCGCCCGCUCGAGCCCCGGCCCGGCUCGCACACUGUACAGACCACCCGCCCUCCUGCAGAUCCAGAGGGCCCCUCACGAGCAGACGGGGGUGCCACGUCACACUCGCAGCGAGGCCGACCCGCGUCUCCGCGAGCCCCAGGCCCGUCCCGGCCGCCUCUGUGAAUCCACGUAGGCCCCGCUCCGUCCAGGCGUCGCAUGCUGCGGUAGUUCCUUCACACGCGUGGGGUGUCCCCGUGAGACACUUAGAUGUAUUGCUGCUUCGUGUCAGUGUACCCGUCUGUUCAGGGGUCGGCGUGGCGCUCCGACAGCACAUCUGCACACGCCCUCCUCUGCCCCGAGACCCCUCCCCUCUCACUUGGCCCUGUCUGAGGCUCGAUUUCCCCUGAGCCCUGUCGUCUGGGCUCACGUUUCCACCUCAGGGGCUUGUGCUGGGAUCGGGGGUGCCCCUCCCGCAAGCCGGGGGAGUGUGAGAGAGGGAGCUCGGAGGAUGUGGGGCCGUGGCCCGGGGGGUGCAGAGGUGGCGGGUGGUGGCCCUGACUUCACUGCGAUGUCACGUGCAGGAAGGCCCUGCGCCCGGGCGUGUCCCAGGGAGGACGGGGAGCAGGGAUGCACCAGGAAGCCCCUGCGCCCCUCGGAGCUCAAUAAAUGUCGUGGCCCCCA